AUGUCUUUUCGAUCUCUUCUGACAGGUUUCCUGGCCUUAUCAAGCACUGCGUCCGCCGCUGCACUCGCACUCCACCCACGCUCGUCCAUCACACCGCCAGACGGCUGUCCCAUCCCCAACUGGACCGUCUCCAAUUUCAAAUGGUUCAAUGGCUCCCACAGUCUGGACUGCGUCCACAGCGAUGUGGAUAAGAACACUAAGGGGUGUCUCUGCGGCCAGGGCUGGUGCGAUCCAGACCCAGCGACCUGCAACGGCUCAAUGGUGAACGUCUGCUGGACCGGCAUGCCCAAUUAUGAGCCUUGGGGCUAUGGUCCCAAACAAACGCUCGACAUUGGCUUCGAGGAUGGUCUGACCUGCCACGACGAGUACAUCGGAUACCGCAUCCACGAUAUCGCUCAUGGCGAGAGCAAUUGUGGCUAUGCGGAUCGUGGCGCUGGGCGCAUCGUUGCAUUCUACGGCUCUUCCAAUGAGGCUAGCUCUGUCGGUCAUAUGGAUUAUACCCUCGGCAGUGGCCAUUCUCUCAAGUGUGAGAAUGGAAGUUCUAUCACUUACUCCGGGAGUGUCGAUUUCCCUCUCACCUGCGAGCACGAUUCGUACUUCAAUGCCACUUGCACGGCGCCGGUGUUUGAGGUCCCGGUCUUGAGUUAUCAGUGGGUUUAG